UAAAAAUAACAAAUAUUAAUAAACUAAUAAAAAGUGGAUUCUGAUAAAUAUUUAACACAAUAAAAACUAGUUUUAUAAAAGUUUUUGCACGGGGGUUAAAAAAAUGCCAAGAAAACGUUCCAACAAAUCUGGAGAUGACAAUGAUACUGAUGUAUCAGCAGCCCGUGGUAGAUUAAUGGGUGCUCUGCAAGGAAUUGCUAAAGGUAGUGAUGAAGAGAGCGAGGAAUCAGAAUACGAUGAAGCUUAUGAUAAUGAGGAUAAUUAUGUAAAUUAUGCACAACAACGGAAGAAGCGGGAAGGUGCUACAGAUUGCACACAUACUUAUAUCAUGAAAUUGUACGAUAGGAGUGUUGAUCUUACAAUGUACACUGAAGAGACUCCUUUGUACCCAAUAUGCAGAGCCUGGAUGACUAACCAACCAAAAUUGAAAGCAAAGACGAGAAUAUCGCAAGUGGAAAAGCCCAAGCCUGUUGAACCAAAAAUAAUAAAGCGUGAAAAGUUCACAUCAUUGGAUAUGUCGGCCGAAGGUGAAAUUAAAGAUGUUUUAGCAUUGCCGGCACCUGAAGGGGCUCUCAUUAAUAGGAUUCCGCCCAAAAUGGAGAUUUAUGCAAAGGAGAAUAUUGAAGAAAUUAAUCUUGAUUAUGACUCAGAUGAAGCCCCACCGAAAGAAGAGUUAUUAAAAAAUCAUCUCAAACGUUGGCUGAAAGUUAGAAAUCAUUGGCAAGAACAUGCAGCGGAGUAUGAAAAACGAUAUAAAUACAGUGCCCAUAUACUAAACACCAUUUACAACAAGGCUCAAGAGACUAUGGAUAUGUAAUGAGAAGUAAAUGACAUUUUUAUA